UUUUUUUUUUCUUUGUGAGGAAUACCAUGUCAGCCAAGCCUUGGUUAAAGCACUUUAAACCUAUUCAGGACUGGCAAUACCUUAAAGUGAAAAUUUGGUCUGAUGAAGAUCUCGAUGUUCAAGUAACCGAAUUGUCUUUUCGAAUGAGUAUACAACAAGCUCUUCAGACUAUAUUCGGCCAAGUAGGCGCUUCUUGUUAUAUAAACGUAUUGGACUGGAACAAAUUUACCAACCAAGGCAUUAUCAAAAUCAAGCAAAGUGAGCUUACGACAGUAUGGUCUGCAUUAUUAAACCAUCAGUUUUUGAUAGCGAACAAACUUUGUACUCUUGAUAUUAUUGAUUCAUCAGCGCAUUUGAUUAGCUUAGUUCAAUCACAAUAACAUAUCCAUAAGCAUGAAAUAGAAAUAACUGUAUAUAAUGCAUAUAAUGAAUAAAAAAAAACA